UGCCUAGCUGGUGCUGAGCUUCAUCUUCUCUGCCGCUAGAUGUCGCUAGUGUCGCAGUCAGCUAGUACAGCAGAGCGGUGCAGUGAAAAUACUGGAGUACCUGGCGAUCAGCACACAAGCUGUGUUUAGGAAAUAACAGCAAGCUCUUCACACCAGACCUAGUGUGCUGGAUUGCCAGAGCCGUCAUUAGGGCUGGCUUGAAGGAUAUUUUCUCCUGCGAAGGACCUGUUUGGCUCACAGGAUCCCAUGCUCCCCUGGUAACCUCCCCUGGAUUGUAAGCAGAAGGCAACAGGUAUACGCAAUAUGGCAUAGAUGAAGUUAGUGUCACUGUAUCUGUCUGUGAUAUGAAGCAUGUGCUGUCUGGAGCCCAUUAUAUCUGAAUCUGCAAGUACCUGUCCUUAGCUUGCUCUGACAGCCUCCCUCUUCUAAUUCAUGAGCCAGCAGGAUGCGAUCGCUGUGCUUUCAGAACGCCUUCUCGUAGCAGCCUACAAAGGCCAAGUGGAUAAUGUGGUACAGCUUAUCAACAAGGGUGCCAAGGUAGCCGUUACCAAGCAUGGACGAACUCCAUUACAUCUUGCUGCUAACAAAGGACACCUUAACGUAGUCCAGAUACUUCUGAAAGCAGGAUGUGAUCUAGAUAUUCAGGACGAUGGUCAGCAGACAGCCUUACACCGUGCGGCAGUUGUGGGAAAUAGUGAGGUCCUUGCGGCACUCAUACAAGAAGGAUGUGCUUUGGACCGACAAGAUAAGGAUGGGAACACGGCCCUCCAUGAGGCUGCUUGGCAUGGAUUCAGCCAAUCUGUCAAACUGCUCGUUAAGGCGGGAGCUAAUGUACUUGCCAGAAACAAGGCAGGUAACACACCUCUCCACCUGGCCUGCCAAAAUGGCCAUUCUCAGAGCUGCCGCAUAUUAUUACUUGCAGGAUCUCGUGCAGACUUAAAAAACAAUGCAGGAGAUACAAGCUUACAUGUGGCGGCUCGUUAUAAUCACCUAUCCAUCAUUAGAGUGCUGCUCAGUGCUUUCUGCUCCGUCAACGAAAAAAAUCAGGUUGGAGACACCCCUCUUCAUGUUGCUGCAGCUCUAAACCAUAGGAAAGUUAUCAAAGUUCUCCUGGAAGCGGGGGCUGAUGCAACGCUUUUAAAUAAUGCUGGCCAGAUCGCUUUGGACACAGCAAAACAUAACAAUAACUGUGACGUGGCCCUUCUGCUCACUAAAGCACCACAGGUGUUACGCUUUAGCCGUGGCAGAAGUUUAAGGAAAAAGAGAGAAAAACUGAAAGAGGAGAGAAGAGCUCAGUCUGUGCCAAGAGAGGAUAUUGGAGAGAGUAAGGCCAGUAUUUCAGCGGCAGACGAGACCCACAGCAGUGAGAAUGCAGCUUUUAAACAGGGAGAUGGGAAAGACGAUCAAAGAGCCGCAACUGCAGGACUUAAACCGAGGAAAAGCAAAAGAGGAAAGACAAAAGAAAAGAUCUCGGCUCUUUCAGACCCUACGUCACCGGCAGACCAGCAGCCUUUUUCUGCUGCCCAGGAGGCCAACCAUAACCACAGAAGAAAAAGCAAACACAGAGGUGGUUCUCCAACAUUUCCUCCCCACGAAGCCAGAGCAUACCAACUCUAUACUUUAUACCGAGGGAAAGAUGGCAAAGUGAUGCAGGCCCCAAUCAGUGGAUGUCGCUGUGAGCCACUGCUUAGUAAACUGGAAAAUCAGUUGGAAGCUACGAAAGAAGAGAUGAAAGCCGAGAUUGUUACAGUGCAGGAUCAAGUGAACGCAAAACUAGGACAAAUGGACAGCAAAACUCAGCACCAGUUUCGUGUCCUAGACAAGCUAAUGGUGGAGAGGAUGUCUGCAGAGAGGGCUGACUGUAUCUGCCGUCUCCAACAUCAAGCUGAUACACAAAAAAAUGAAACAGAAAAACGUCAGGGAUCUGUUGUAAACGAGCUGAAAACUUGGUGUUUACUUAAAAUUCAGAAUCUGGAGAUGAAACUCACUGGAGAGAGUCGGUCAAUCAAGACUAAAUCAUCUCCCUCAACCUGUGAAUCUAUCGAUAAUGCAAUUUCUGAGAGCCCCUGCAGCACCAAGGAUUGUAACAGCACCGACAUAUCCGUCCUCCCACACACCUCUACUCAGCACUCUUAUGUCACUCUACAGAGUAGUUUAUCUGAUGAACAAGUAAGGCAUUCUGGUGCGUCCUCAGAAGAAAGCAACAGACAGCUUCCUCCACCUGAACUUACCGUGUGCACACCCGUGGAACAGGCAGUGGUAACUGCAGCCCCUCCAGCUGUAAGACCUAAAGAAAAAUUGUCAACCUGUACGGCUGCAUGUAGAUCACAGCAAGGUCAGGCUUCAUGCAUUCAUCUUAGCAUUAAACCUAAACAGACUACAAUCCCUUCCACUCUCAAACCUUCUACAGAACCCAAGAAAGCCAACAAGCUAAGUAUGAAUCUUACGGAUCGAGGGACACAAACAAGGAAAUUUGCAAAAAACAGCCAGGCAAAACAACGUGGCCAAAUUCCACCUCCCCACACUUUGCCCAAACCCAAUACUACAUCUGGGGAGCAGACAGCCUCUAAUACCAGAGACACCUCCCAAGCUUUGGAGAUCACCCAAUACUUUUUUGAGGCAGUUUCAACACAGAUGGAAAAGUGGUAUGAGAGGAAGAUCGAAGAAGCCAGGUCACAAGCGAACCAGAGGGCACAAGAAGAUAAAGUAGCCUUGCAAGAGCAUAUUCAAAGUUUAGAAGAAGAAUUAAUGAAGCUAAGGACUAAACUGCAGAAAGAGAGCUAGCAUCAGACCCAUCUGGCAUCAUAGGACAUACAAAAUGCUAACAUUGUCUGAUCAGCAGCUAUGGCCUAUGCUUUGCAAUCAAUCCUUCAUUAUCUGCCUGUGCAUGAUUUACAGAAUGGCCCAAAUGCAAAGAAAAAAAACAACAACUUUUGUUUUGUCAAAUAGCAUGGGUUUAUUGGAGGAGUUGAAAGGUUUAUAAUAAUCCCUCCCACACAAACUGCCUACAUGCAUGUGGUUAACCUAUUUCUAAACAGUGUUUGGAACAUUGCAGUAAUUUCACAGCUUUGAGACUGUGUUGACUCCAAAUAUUGUUUGGCCUUUAAUGCCAUAGUGUCAAUGUGCCAAAGAAUCUUGACAGAGUUCUAUAUCUGCUGCAUAAACAUAUUCAACAUGUGCAUGUAUACAGCUGCAGCAUGGCAAAAAAAACUCACUCACGGUUUAUGUCCGUUCUGAAGACUUUUCAGUGAAUUAAGCUUUUCAUUGUAAAACUACAUACAUGGAUAUUAAUGCCUAAAUGUGUAGUAUUGCUGCCUGUUUUGUUUUCUCUGGAAUUCCUGUUAAAUAGACAUGACACAUUUUAGUUAAAAUGGAGUAUGGUAUCCAAUAUACAAUUACAAAAGAAGGAGUUUAUUUUUGUUUAAAUAAAAAAUAAACAUAAAAAAAAAAACAACACUCAGUGACCAACACCUAUACGGUAAAGACCCCUUCACAAAAAUUAAGGAAAACAAAAUAAAAAUUACAAAAUAGUGUGGGUGUAUAUAUAAUAAAAUAGAACCGUUAUAAUUUCUCAAUAAAAAUCAAAUACAUAAUUCCAAUAAAGUACUUAAACCCUGCCUUAUAACUUAAUAAAGUUAAUAGAUCAGCGUUUCCCAAACCAGUCCUCAAGACCCACCAACAGCCCAGGUUUUGUUAGUAUCUCCAUUGGAAUAAAACAAGAAAAUACAUAAGUUCUGGACUGUUGGUGGGCCAUGAGGACUGGUUUGGGAACCACUGUAAUAGAUAUCAGGGCAUCAAUUAAAUACUAGUAAUUGGCAAAAAUAAGGUCUACAAAUUAAACCUACCCUCAAGAAACAAAUCUAAAAACAGAAUGUAUACAAUGACUACCAAAUUGUAUUACAAACACCCCAAUGUGAAUUACUUUACGAAAGUUCUGGGUAUGAUUUUUAACGAUAAAUUAUAAAGGUUAUAUUUUAUUACUCAUCUGUACCUACGCCAUUUUGUUCAAUUUUUUGAAUUUAGAAUUUCAGGUAUCCAGUAUAAGCCAACUGAACAGGAUCAUAAUUGUAUGCAUGAAUGUAACAGGUAUUUCAGUACUUACUGCCGUAUAUUGUUUAUGAAACAAAAACAUUAUAGACCCCCAAAAUAAUCAGAGCAUCAGAAGUACAUACUAAGCUUUAAAAUGCAGGGUUUUAAAAAAAUCUUGCACUUUCAAGUUUGAGAGAUCAUCAGUUGUGCAGUCAGUGCAUUGGUUUUGCGAUCUCCUAAUGUAGUUUCUUAACUUACCCAUCAGAGCAAAUAUUAUAGCAGUGAGUUUGCCAUUAGUGUACUUCCUGACUUGCUUUCUCUGUCGUGUUCAUCAAUCUUGGGUUAGUUAACACGGAUCUCUGGUUUACAUUUUCUUAAUUCACUUGAAGUUGAUUUGCCUAGAGGAAACCCUAUGCAUCCUUGGUGUCCAUACAUAUAAAUUAAAGCCCAUAUUGUAACACAAAUCUAAACCUGAAGUAUCCCAUAACUAUGUGCUCAGAGUCAGAUGACAUUUGAUGACUGGCAGGUAUUGCUAAAGGACUAAAACAUAUCCACUAUGCAACAGCUUAUUAUCUAAAUAGAAUACAUUUCCCAGCCAAAACAUGGCUCU